GUCCGCUCUUCAGCUGCCGGUCGGGGGCGGUGAAAAAGCGAGUGAGGAGAGCGCGACGGCGGAGGCAGAGCCAUCGCUGGACGGCCAGCAGAAAAGAGGCCCGAGGCUCUGUGUCUAGGUUCAAAAUGGUUUCAAUCCCAGAAUACUAUGAAGGCAAAAAUGUCCUCCUUACUGGAGCUACUGGUUUCCUAGGGAAGGUGCUUCUGGAGAAGUUGCUGAGGUCUUGUCCUAAGGUGAAUUCAGUAUAUGUUCUGGUGAGGCAGAAAGCUGGACAGACACCUCAAGAGCGAGUGGAAGAAGUCAUUAGUGGCAAGCUCUUUGACAGAUUGAGAGAUGAAAAUCCAGAUUUUAGAGAGAAAAUUAUAGCAAUCAACAGUGAACUCACCCAACCUAAACUUGCUCUUAGUGAAGAAGAUAAAGAGAUAAUCCUAGAUUCUACCAAUAUUAUAUUCCAUUGUGCAGCUACAGUACGGUUUAAUGAAAAUUUACGAGAUGCCGUUCAGUUAAAUGUGAUUGCUACACGACAGCUUAUUCUCCUUGCACAACAAAUGAAGAAUCUGGACGUGUUUACGCAUGUAUCAACAGCAUACGCAUACUGCAAUAGAAAGCAUAUUGAUGAAGUAGUGUAUCCACCACCAGUUGAUCCCAAGAAACUGAUUGAUUCUUUAGAGUGGAUGGAUGAUGGCUUAAUAAAUGAUAUCACCCCAAAAUUGAUAGGAGACAGACCUAAUACUUACAUAUACACAAAAGCAUUGGCAGAAUAUGUUGUACAACAAGAAGGAGCAAAAUUAAAUGUGGCAAUUGUAAGGCCAUCAAUUGUUGGUGCCAGUUGGAAAGAACCGUUUCCAGGAUGGAUCGAUAACUUCAAUGGUCCAAGUGGUCUCUUUAUUGCGGCAGGGAAAGGACUACUUCGAACAAUGCGUGCCUCCAACAAUGCCCUUGCUGAUCUUGUUCCUGUAGAUGUAGUUGUCAACACCAGUCUUGCAGCAGCCUGGUAUUCCGGAGUUAAUAGACCAAGGAACAUCAUGGUGUACAAUUGUACAACAGGCAGCACUAAUCCUUUCCACUGGGGUGAAGUUGAAUACCAUGUAAUUUCCACUUUCAAGAGGAAUCCUCUCGAACAGGCCUUCAGACGGCCCAAUGUAAAUCUAACCUCCAAUCACCUUUUAUAUCAUUACUGGAUUGCUGUAAGCCAUAAGGCCCCAGCAUUCCUGUAUGAUAUCUACCUCAGGAUGACUGGAAGAAGCCCAAGGAUGAUGAAAGCAAUAACUCGCCUUCACAAAGCUAUGGUGCUUCUUGAAUAUUUCACAAGUAAUUCUUGGGUUUGGAAUACUGAUAAUGUCACUAUGUUAAUGAACCAACUAAACCCUGAAGAUAAAAAGACAUUUAAUAUUGAUGUACGGCAAUUACACUGGGCAGAAUAUAUAGAGAAUUACUGUAUGGGAACUAAGAAAUAUGUGUUGAAUGAAGAAAUGUCUGGACUCCCUGCAGCUAGAAAACAUCUGAACAAGUUGAGGAAUAUACGUUAUGGUUUCAAUACUAUACUUGUGAUCCUGAUCUGGCGCAUUUUUAUUGCAAGAUCACAGAUGGCAAGAAACAUCUGGUACUUUGUUGUUAGUCUGUGUUACAAGUUUUUGUCAUACUUCCGAGCAUCCAGCACUAUGAGAUACUGAAGAAAAUAAUUUAGCAUUAGAACAUCUAUGCAUAUGGUGGUCUAAAUGCGCAAAAUGUAAAAUGUACUUAAGUCAUGUCACCUUUUGUCAAGACAUUAAACCAUUCUUAGAUCAAAUGUGGAGUAAAUUAUGGUACAUUUUAUGUAACAUUUAAAUGUUUAUGAUCAUAAAAUCCUAGUGAACACACUGUGGUAUGCCAGCCCAAAUCUGUAUUAGCCACCAAUACCGUAACUUUUAACAUUUUGAUCCCUGGGAGACCGGGGUGGGAUGAGGGUAGAAGUGGGAAAACAGGAACAUUGACCAGUAUAACUGUGCAAUUCUGGAACAAUUAAUUAAAAUAUGCCUUAAACAUAUAGUGAAUUUCUAAUUCUAAUAUUCUUUGCAGUGGAAAGCAUCUAUUUGGACAGGAAUACUAGAAUACUAGUUAAGUUGGAAGAUACUUGAUUCUUCAAUUAUUAUUAUUAUUUUUUUAAUAAACUGAAAUGGGUUUUAGUUUUGUUAAAAUUAUGUCUAAACUAUUUCUGUAUCAUCCUGUUAUUGAGUAGUCUCAGAAAUGAAAGACAUGUUCUCAAUUUUUUUUUCCCUGAUUAAGGGUCUGAUGCAGAUUAUUUUUUAUAAGCAAUCCGUUGCUUUCAUAAUCAGAAAGGCUAUAUAGUCUUAAAACCAUACUGGAUAUAAACAUAUUUGAGAAUCCAUAGCAACAGAAACAAUGUGUUUUUUGAAGGAAUGUGAGAGCACAUUUAACAAAACUAUAAUAUUUUUAAAUGAUAGAAAUUUUUCUGGUCCAUAUUAUGAUCAAAUGAAAAUCAAUCCUGUGAGAUU